AUGACUAUCUCACCGGUUUUAUACCAGUUUUUGGUUUGUUGUUUUGCAUCCGUCGGGUCUUUCACCUACGGGUAUGAUUUGGGAAUUAUUGCCCAAGUCAUAGCUUCAGAGAGUUUCACAGAAUAUAUGAAUUAUCCAAAUACUACAGUUACCGGUUUAAUUGUAUCUCUCUUUACUGUUGGGGCUUUUGCUGGAGCUCUUCUUGCUGGGUUUUUAGAAAAAUUGAGUCGUCGUCAGACUAUUUUGCUUGCUACUAUUUUUUUCCUUUUUGGUGGUGCGCUUCAAUGUGGAGCACAGAAUUUUAGGUUCUUGUUUGCCGGGAGAUUUUUUGCUGGAGUUGGUGUUGGGCUAUACACUAUGAUUAUUCCCUUGUACCAGGCAGAACUAGUACAUCCAAAACAUAGAGGGAGAGUCACAAGUCUCCAACAAUUCUUCUUGGGUAUCGGCGCUUUAUCAGCUGCAUGGAUAGGAUAUGGAUGCUACAUAGGGUUUGAAGAUGACAGGCAAUGGAGAGUUCCUCUCGGUCUCCAGAUGGUACCAGCAUUAUUACUAGGAAGUUUAAUAUUGCUCUUCCCCGAACUGCCUAGAUGGUUAUUAGAGUACAACAAGGAUGAAAAAGCUUUGAAAGUUUUAGGGAAGCUAUAUGCACAUGGUAAUACACAAGAUCCGUUUGUAGAAGAAGAGUUUUCGAAAAUUAAAGCUGCCAUUGAAUUUGAUAAAAUACAUGGUCAGACUAGUUGGGCCAGCUUGUUUUUGAUACCAUCGAAUUUGAGGAGAAUUUUCUUGUGUUGUGCUAUUCAAGGUUCAGUUCAAAUGACAGGUGUAUCUGCAAUACAGUAUUAUGCGCCGACAAUAUUUGCCCAGAUAGGGUUAUCAUCUGGCAAAACUCUUUUGUAUCAAGCAAUCAAUUCCAUUAUUGCUUUAAUAGCGCAGGCUCUAUGUAUUGUUACUGUCGACUAUACUGGGAGGAGAUGGACUUUAAUCGGAGCAAAUAUUGGUUGUGGGUGCAUGUUUAUCGUUUCUUGCAUUCUUUUGGCACUUUUUCCACCUUAUAAGGGAGCACAACCCCGUUCCUCACAGAUAGGUUUUAUUGCCUCUACUUGGAUUUGGAAUUUUAUUUUCAGCAUUUAUGUCGGUCCAUUGCUGUGGGUUAUACCUAGUGAGGUCUUUAAUACUGCAACUCGUUCUAAAGGUGUCUCCUUAUCAACAAUGACAUGUUUCGCAAUGAAUACAAUGAUUGGACAAGUUACUCCAUUAGCUAUGGACACCAUUCAUUAUCGAUUUUAUAUUGUUUUUAUUAUUUGCAGUUUUACUAAUUCAUUCUUUUUCUGGUGUUUCCUUCCAGAAACAAAGGGCAUACCAUUGGAAUCAAUGAAUCAAUUGUUUGAAAACGCACCAUGGUUUGUUCCAGGAAUUAAUAGUAAAGACUAUUAUGGUGAUAUCAAAGUUAAUGAUGAUUCUAAAUUCAAAUCAGAGAAGGAAAUUGAAUACCUUGAAAAGGAAAAUGAUGUAUCAAUCAGUAUUUCUUCUCAUGUGGAAGCUUGA